GUGUGACGUAACUCUAUAAAAGAGAGUGCGGUGAAGACGCCGCCGCUAUAACGUUUCCGUUCGCCAGGCUCGGACAUAGCGUCCCGAUCACCGAUACAGAAGGACGCGGGCGGAACACCUUCCGCAAGAGCCCAUUAGGACUCAACAGUGAAAAGUCAAAAGAUACGAGAUGAGGUCAUUAUUGUUUUUAGCGGCGCUAUGCUGCUUAGUGUUUUUGGCAAGCAGUAGCCCCAUCACCAGGUCUGCUGAAGGCGAGGAGAAGGAGGUUGGAAGACAAUCGGCCCCAGCCGCGGCUCCAGCAGCUUCCAGUGACGACGACGAUGAUGAUGACGACGACGACGAUGAUGAUGGUAUCGGUGACAUCACAGGCGACGACGAUGAUGACGACGACGACGACGAUGAUGAUGAUGAAGACGAGGAAGCAGAUGAUGACGAAGAUGAUGAUUAUCUAGAAAGAUUCUUCGAUGAUAUCUUGGGAGGUGGAGAAGAUGACGAUGACGAUGAUGAGCCCGCAGCCGCACAGCCAGUCGUAGCCGCGGUUGACACUGUAGCCGCUGCUCCUGCUCCCGCUGCUGCUGCAUCUACUUCAGUCGAAGAAGUCGCUGCCGCUUCAGAAGAAGCCGAAGCAUCUGAAGGCGAACCCGCCGUGGAAGGAGAUGAAUCUGAGGCUCAAAAAGAACCCGCAAGUGCUGAAGUAGAAACCCCUGUUGCUAGUUCAGAAGCCGCUGUUGCCAGCGAUGCCGAUGAUGAUGAUGAUGACGAGGAAGAUAUCACUGACGCAUUAGAACCUGAAGAUGAUGAGGAUGAUGAUGAAGAAGAGGAAGACGAUGACGAUGAUGAAGAUGACGACAUUUCUGAUGCUCUCGGCAGGAAUAUCUCUUCCAAGCAUUCACGAGCGUUAUCAGAUGAGCCGCCUAAGAAGCCAGCACCAGUGCCUGCAGUGUACAUAGUGAAAUACAAUAAAUUUGUUGAUAGUAUUCUUGAAAAGAUGAAUGAUAUUUUGCGACGCUCUUAUGAUCCUGUAAGUGUGAAAUUGCAACCAAUUGAUGCAAGCAAGAAGGGCUCGAAACCCAAAAAGAAUAAAAAUAAAACAAACAAAACAAAAACUCAAAACAAGAAAAAGAACACGGCGCGUGGUGGAGUUACUGAAAAGAAAUCAGAAAAUGAAAUACCUGAAAAAGUAGAACAAACGAAUAAAAUAGAAGAACCAAUAAAUGACCAGAAACCUAAUACAGUGAGUGAAAAUAUUAUGUCAACAGAAACUAGAGCGCUUAAAGAGAAAUCUGGAAAUGAAAGUGGAAAAGCAAAGUCGACCACAGCCAAACCUAAACCUAAGAAAACAACCAAGCCUAAACCUAAACCACCAGCAAAAGCACCGGUGAAGAACACGAAAAAGCCAUCGUCAAAUAAGGUUAAGACUAGUGAAAAGAGUAAGCCCAGAGCCAAGGGAACCCUAUAUGGGCUCUCAUCUUUAAGAAGAUCCGGUGAUGUCGCAGUCAGUAUUAUGACUGACCAUACUACGAUAAAAAGUAAUUUCGCGGUAGGCCCUCUGAUACUUCGGGUAGAAAAGGAAGUUGGACGUGGCGCAAAGAAAGAGCUCAAAUCAGCUACAGCUACAACUGCUGAGAUGAACGGCAAACUAACUCUGCGCGUCAACAGUCAAGGCAUUGCUACAUUACAUUCUAUUAAAGUCUUGCAGCCGAAGCAGGUGCGAGUUGAUAGCAAUCAUGAGCGGACUCGUGAACUUGUUUGGCAACGAAGUGCACGAAUUGCACACGUUGUGUCUGAGAAACUGAGAUCCGCUUCUAAGCCAAUGUUCCUACACCAAACGGUCGUUAGGCAAUAAGGGGCAAACUGUUUUCUAUAUUAUCUUUACUUUAUUUAACUGCAUAAUUGAUUCGACGCAGUCUUUUUAUCGUGUUAUUCAGAGGUAGGUUGUACUCUAUGAACUUAUAAUGAGAUUUUAGGUACAGUGCUGGAACAGUAAAAUUUGUUUUGAAGUUAACAAAACUUCGAAAAUUGAUUGUGUCGAAUCGAUAGAAAAAGUAGCAAUAAUAUUAUCAUUCAUUCAUCUAGCAUUUUAAAAUAUCAUCAACAUUUAUAUUGUGUUUUAUAACAUUAUCAUUUUCUUCCAUUUAAAAUUCUCGUGAAAUCGUAUAGAUCACUGUAGUUAUUCUUUUAGUUUAAAUAUUGUGUUAGUUUAUUAUAAUAAGUUUAAGUAGCUGUAGCGUUUUUGAUACUCAUUUUAGAUAGAAUAUAGUCAGACAAUGCAUUUACAU